UCUUCACGCUCGGCCUUCGCCUCCUUCCUCUUCGCCCCCCUCUUCUUCCAGCGUUAUGAGGCCAGCGGUCCCCAGCCCGGCACGCAGCUCUGCCGAUGCAAAGUCCUCAUGAAGUCCUUCCUGGGUGUCUUUCGCUCACUGCCUUCGCUGGAGAAGACGGUGGGGAGAUGCCUCAUCCUGCUCAAACCCCAGGCCAGCCGCCUGGUUGUGCAGCUCCACUGCAAGUAUGGCGUCACCAAGACCCACAACCUGGCCUUCCAGGACUGCGAGCGGCUGCAGGCUGUCUUUGACACCCAGCACUGCGCCAGCAGACUCUGUGCCCCGGCACGGGUGCUGGCGGAGGCUGUGGUCCACUUCCCGCAGACACUGGCUGAGGUAACUCUGGAGGCUGGCCCCGGGGGCAAGAUCAGCCUCCGAAACUACGUGGAGGAUGAGAUGGAGCCGAGCAAGACGAUGGUGACGGAGCUGUGGCUGGCCGAGGACGAGUUCCAGACGGUGGCCGUGGUCCCAGGCUCACGCAUCACCUUCUGCCUCAAGGAGUUUCGUGGGCUGUUGACCUUUGCCGAGGCCUCCAACCUGCCCCUCACUGUCCACUAUGACGCACCCGGCAGGCCGGUGGUGUUCACCCUGGAGGAUGCGGUGCUGGACGUCCACCUGGUGCUGGCCACCCUCUCAGACCCAGAAAGCAGCUCACAGCCCCCCACAACCAAUGGCAGUGUGUCCCACCUGCCUGCCCCAGCAGACGACUUCGCGGAUGACCUCGAGUCCUACAUGAUUGCUAUGGAAACCACUGCCUAUGAGGAGGGCUCGGGGGUGCCCCCCAGCCCUACCUUCCCCCUCCGCAACCCACGUCCAGUCGAAAGUGACCCUGAGAAGGGGGAAGAGGAGGAUGACGGAGCUGUGCCAGGGACACCCCCUCACAAGAAGUUUCGCUCACUGUUUUUUGGCUCGGUGCUGACACCAGGAGGGCCCAGUCUGGCCCCCACCCAGGAGGUGCUGGCAGAGGACAGCGAUGGAGAAUGCUGA